GCUCUGUUUGACCUUGCCCUGCGUGUGCCCGUUUAGACCCUUGAUUAGGCCCACCUACGUUGGGAAUGAGCGAUCUGAUCACGCCUUCAGAUUCCACUCAAGUGAACAGGAAGGCACUUGAGCCACAAGCACGUGCCCGCCGCUGUCUCUUUCAGCGGCACCACCUGUCACCUUCACUCACGCUGCCGCUUCUCUAUCUAUAUAAAGACAACCCUCGCCCCAAACACUCCCAGUGCCUCACACCAGUCCCGAUACCCACUCCAUCAGAGACUAUCCGAUACACCAAUCCGACACCCACUUUAGCAAAGACCCUGCUUUCCGCCAAUCCAACAAGAUGGCUCGUCUUUACUUCUACCUUCUCUCCUUCCUCGCUGUGGUGACUACCGUCACGGCCCUCCCACAGCGCCCGCUCAUCGACAGCAUCGAUGCCCGUGAUCCUCAGCGCCCGCUCAUUGACGAGCUCGACACCCGCGACCCUCAGCAUCCUCUCAUGGACUCAAUCGACAAGCGAGACCCUCAGCGUCCACUUAUCGACUCAAUCGACCGCCGCACCGCCAAUGAAGCUGUCGUCGCUGACGGAAUUAGCAAGGCUUGCGGUAUCGCCUACUUGACCACCACGCCCGAUAGCUACGUCUUCCUGGUUGCGAACACAUGCGGCUUGGUUCACCCGGAUGUCGGUGUGACGUCCUACCGGGCGGUGAAUGAAGACUGCAAAACCUGCUGGUUCUUCGAGAACGCUGGUUGCACGGGCGGUAUCGCCUGGCAUGGACUGAUUGCUCCCAAGGAGGAAAUCUCUUUCCCUCCUGCCCGCAGCUAUAUUUGCCGGGUUUGA